AUGUCUGACGAAUCGAUGUAUCGCGGCGUCACGCCCAAAGAAGCUCGCAUCUACAUCAUCGGUCCAGAACACUCGGGCAUUGAAGAAAUAGGCGAAGCCCUGCUUAGGUCAGACAUAAAGUGCCUGAAGCGUACUACUGAUGUCAACGCUACCUGUCAACAGUUUCGGGCAUCAGAUGGCGAAGAAAGACUUCGCGCCCUCUCGAAUGACACGGCAUACAAUGAAAAAUUAGAGGACGGCAGGCUUCGGAUUCCUGACGAAAAUCUUGUUGUCAUGGUUAAGAGGGAUUUGAACAGCGCUAUGGAAAGAUGGGCGAGGAAGCAUGGUGAGCCCAGCACGGAUGAUCAGAGGGAUGACACGCGUGAGAAACAGACCAGUGGAUUCCUUCUCGAGAACUUUCCGCGAAAGAUACAUAGCGCCAUCAAGAAUUUGCAGCCAGAACAGGUCCAGAAACAGAAUGAGAGGAAAGAGGCCUGUGCGAGGUAUGUUAAAGAACGAAAGGAGGCCGAGAGGGGUUUCGCGGACAUGAAGAUACAGCCGGGCACCCGUUCGUUGGAAGUAGAUGGAGAUGAAAAGAUGUUAGCUGUACAGAAGAUCUGUGAGGAUUGGAUGACAAUGCAGCUUGAGAAUGGAGGGGAUGCUUGA